AUGGACUCUACGCGGCGAAAUAGCAUGCCCUCGACGGGACCGUGGAUGACUUCAGCCAUCCCUGGCAAUCACAUGGACGUGGCGGAAGCCAGAAGCUCGAUUGGUGGCAGCAGCCGGAGCAGUGGCUCCGGUGAAGUGAUCAAUCACUUCCCCCUAGGCUACGACUUCACAAGGGCGUUCAUGUCGCCUGUAUAUCCCUACCUUCGAGAUGCCCAGAUAGUAUAUGAACAGCUAUACCAUUUCUAUCACGAUCAAAGUCCGUCAAACGACGAGGUCCGGCACUGGUUAGGAGAUAUUAACGAUAUCAGGCGCCGAGACAUUUUCAUCAAUUGCUUCAUUCGCCAUCUGUGGCAGCAGCUUGGCGUAUGGAAUGACAAUUGGAGCAUCCCGGGCCUUUCUGGAUACCAAGAUAACAUUGGUAACUGGAUAUGGAGGUGGAGGGAGGGCGAGGACCAGCUCGACCUCCUUGCGGCAGACCGGGACCAGACACAUCGCGCCCGUGUACGCAAGGCCACCAGAAUGGUGUUCACCAAGAGCGCAGCUUGCAAGCAGACCUGCAUAAGCAAGAACGCCACCGUGGCUGAGGCUGAGGAGUUCCUCAGCUCCCGGCCGUGGUUCAUGCAUGGUGUGCAGGUCGCUGGAAAAGGCGACACCCCUAGAGCGAGCCAGCGCGUAAAAACCACAUGGAGGAUACAACGUAGAUGGAUGCCUGAGUGGGAUUAUUACAAUCCCGGCUGGAGAUGGGAUGGCGACGAGACAUCGAUCGCCAACCCCAAGUUCUUGCUAAACCUGCUAACCGACAAUGAAAAGAGAGCCUUGGGGCUGCAGGAAAAUCUCACCCGUCCUCUCAGGCACUGGGGCCGCUACUCCCUGCCAGCUGCCCAGUCCUCAAGGACCUCCGAUAUUCGCUACGUUGAGACGCCCAGAGGUCGCAGAACAAGCCAUACGAGCAGUCAAAGGUCGCCGAAGAUCGGACACAAUCAGGAGGACAGAGAAGUGAGUGAGGGCUGGCCCGGGCAGCGGCCGACAGACGACAGGUGCCAGGCAUCCGCCGUUUGUCAGCGCUUCAGCGAGGCGUAUUUUGCCCGCAGCUAUUCGCAGCUGGCUUUCUCUAGUGCUGCAGAUCUGGCGCAGACCCUUGUGGACGAGGACAAGGAGGAGGAGAUACGGGAGGCCAUCUCUCCUGUGCCACCGCGGAUACGAAUGUCCAUUGAAAAUUUCAAGCUGGGCCUAUGCCCUGAUCAAUUCAUUCUAUAG